AGACAGUCAACAUUGAUUCUAAAACUAAAAACUAAAAAAGAAAAAAGAAAAGAAAUCAAAGAUCCAAAGCAUCAGCCUUUUUUCACGUAACUCAAACUCUCUUCUCUUGAUAAACAUCAAAAUCCAAUUUCUAUAAUAUAAACAACGCUGCAGUUUCUUUAAACCCAGUUAUUAUUAUUGUUAUCAUCAUGGAUUCAGCUACGGAAUCUCUGUCAAAGCUGAAUAUCGGUGGAGAUUUUGCUUCUUCUCUGCCCAGUUUACAUAAGAAUCUUCACCUUCUAUCUCCGGACCAGAUUAAGCUGGCGAAGAUGUUAGUGGAGAUGGGACAGACUCAUCUGUUUCAGCAUUGGUCUGAGCCUGGUGUUGAUGAUGAGGAAAAGGAAGCUCUUUUUCAUCAGGUGUCUCGACUCGACUCAAGCUAUCCUGGAGGUUUGGCAUCAUAUAUCAAAAUAGCGAGAGAACUCUUAGCUGAUUCCAAAGCAGGGAAAAACCCUUUUGAGGGCUUCACACCUUCUGUUCCAACAGGAGAAAACCUGACGUUUGCUGAUGAAAACUUUGUCAAAUUCGAGGAGGUGGGAGUUAGGGAAGCCCAGAAUGCAGCAUUUGUUCUCGUUGCAGGCGGGCUUGGGGAACGUCUUGGAUACAAUGGAAUAAAGGUGGCUCUUCCAAUGGAAACCACAACAGGGACUUGUUUCUUGCAGCAUUACAUCGAGUCCAUUCUGGCUCUUCAAGAAGCUAGCUAUAGAUUGACACAAGGCAAAUGUCAAAGGGAUAUUCCUUUCGUUAUCAUGACGUCAGAUGAUACACAUGCUCGUACAUUAGAGCUUUUAGAAUCAAAUUCUUAUUUUGGAAUGAAACCAUCACAAGUGAAACUUCUUAAGCAGGAAAAAGUUGCAUGCUUAGAAGAUAAUGAUGCCAGGCUUGCUCUAGAUCCACAGAACAUAUACAGGAUUCAGACAAAACCUCAUGGCCAUGGUGAUGUGCAUUCACUUCUUUAUUCUAGUGGCCUUCUUAGUACAUGGCAUGAUGCUGGUUUAAGGUGGGUUCUAUUUUUCCAAGAUACAAAUGGACUUCUCUUCAAGGCAAUUCCAGCUUCAUUGGGUGUCAGUGCCACCAAACAAUACCAUGUUAAUUCUCUCGCAGUUCCUCGCAAAGCUAAAGAAGCUAUUGGAGGAAUCACUAAGCUUACUCAUACUGAUGGGCGGUCUAUGGUGAUUAACGUGGAAUACAAUCAGCUUGAUCCUCUGCUUAGAGCAACUGGGAAUCCUGAUGGAGAUGUCAAUUGCGAUACAGGCUAUUCUCCUUUUCCGGGAAAUAUAAACCAAUUGAUUUUGGAACUUGGUCCUUAUAUUGAGGAGCUCAAGAAAACUGGAGGUGCUAUUAAAGAGUUUGUUAACCCGAAAUACAAAGAUGCCACCAAAACUUCAUUUAAAUCUUCAACUCGACUUGAAUGCAUGAUGCAGGAUUAUCCAAAAACGUUGCCCCCCACAGCAAGGGUUGGAUUUACGGUCAUGGAUACAUGGCUAGCUUAUGCACCUGUGAAGAAUAAUCCAGAGGAUGCUGCUAAGGUACCUAAAGGAAAUCCAUAUCAUAGUGCAACUUCUGGAGAAAUGGCCAUCUACUGUGCAAACAGCCUCAUUCUCAGAAAGGUUGGUGUCCAAGUGGAUGAGCCAGUUCAACAGGUAUUCAACGGGCAAGAGGUGGAAGUCUGGCCUCGGAUCACCUGGAAGCCAAAAUGGGGAUUGACAUUUUCAGAUGUCAAAAGUAAAGUUAGUGGAAGUUGCUCAGUCUCUCAAAGGUCUACAAUGGCCAUCAAGGGUCGUAAUAUUUUUGUUGAAGAUCUGUCCUUGGAUGGAGCUGUUGUGAUUGAAUCUGUCGAUGAGGCCGAGGUAAAAGUUGGAGGUGCAGUGCAGAACAAGGGCUGGAUCCUUGAAAAUGUCGACUACAAAGAUACUUCAGUACCUGAGGAGAUAAGGACCAGGGGCUUCAGAAUCAAAAAAAUUGAGCAGCUCGAGAAACAUUAUUGUGAGCCUGGCCAGUUCGAUCCGAAGGCUUGAAGGUGAACUUACACAAGAGAACACAAGCUCUUUCCAGUUAAUUUAGAUGCUGAUACAAUGUCAAACCAUAAAUAACAUCUCCUUCUGUGGCCUUGUAAUUUACCCUGGGAGAUGGUUGUUAAUGGAUAAAAUGAGGUCAUAUGAGCCGCUGUCAGGUGAAAAUUUAGUCUGUUUCACUAUUUCCUUCAAUUAUUCAUUUAUUUUUUUAAGAGGGGAGGCGUCAAUCUCCUUGAUCAUUUUUCUUCUCUUUUAAGAGAAGGACCGAAAAUUCCUGACAUACUUUACAUAAAAAAUUUUCCUGUAGUAAAUAAGAGAGUAAUUUGAUGAACAUAUCUCUAGCUGGCAAAAGAACAUAAUAAAGCUAGUGAAUCUUUUCUUUUUUGUA